AUGUUUGAACAAAUGGCACAACAACCACCCGCACCGGGUCUGUGGGAAAUGACACCUGAGCAAGGCAGGGAGAUGUACCGGGCCAUGCGGCCUUUGAACCCUGAAUUACCCAUCCACAAUUGCGAAGACCGCCUUAUCCACGGUUCUCUGGGUGAUAUUCCAAUCCGCAUUUACACGCCCGCGGGUGCAGGUCCUUUUGGCGUGCUGAUGAACUUUCACGGUGGGGGCUGGGUCAUUGGCGACCUUGAUACCUCCGAUGCCGUCUGCCGCGAGCUGGCCACCCUGGCACAGGUUGUGGUCGUCUCGGUCGACUAUCGUAUGGCGCCAGAGGCGCCCUACCCUGCAGCUGUUCACGACGCGUAUGACGCCACUGUCUGGGCCGCGAACAACAUGCAUGAAUUGAACGGCAACGGCAAAAUUGGCCUGACCGGCGAAAGUGCUGGCGGCAAUUUGUCCGCCGUUGUUGCAUUAAAGGCACGAGACCAGAAUGGGCCGCAAAUCGCCUUUCAAUGCCUGCUUUACCCGGUGGUGGACUGUGACCUUACCCGCCCGUCGUAUGAUGCAAACGGUGAGGGGUAUCUGCUGGAAACACAAACCAUGCGAUGGUUCUGGGACACUUACUGUCCGGAUCAGGCUCAGCGCAAGGAAGCGGAUGCUUCUCCUUUACUGGCAACUGACCUCUCGAACCUGCCACCGGCACUGGUUGUUACCGCCGAAUUCGAUCCUUUGCGGGAUGAAGGCGAGGCCUAUGCUGAUGCGUUGCAGGCUGCCGGCAAUCAGGUUACCGCAGUACGUUAUGACGGCAUGGUGCAUGAUUUCAUGGCGACUGCAGCGAUGUUUGAAAGCUCACGGAAAGGCGGCUUUAAACUGAUGCUUUAUGUACUCGUUUGCGAAGAUAAACCCGACAGUGAAUCGCUGCGCAAAGCUGUGCGGGAAGACCACCUGGCGUUUCUGAAGAACUAUGACGUGCGCUUUGCAGGACCGAUGCUGGGUGACGACGAAACGACAAUGGUGGGCUCCAUCAUUGUCAUUGAUGUUGACAGCCGCGAGGCUGCGCAGGCGUUUGCCGCCGCAGACCCUUAUGCAGCAGCAGGUCUGUUUGCCCACGUUACCCUGCGUCGCACCCAGAUCAGCCUGGACGCUGUUGUCACGGCAAUCGCAAAUGCUGGCGGUAGCGCUGUCGCAAAAGUUGCAGAUGCCACCAUUGAGGCGGACGUUAACGGGCUGUUUGACAGCGCGGGGGCAGACCUGGAUAUCGCCAUUUACAAUGCGGGCAAUAACACCCCCGGGCGCAUCGUCGACAUGGAUGCCAGUUACUUCGAACACAGCUGGCGUGUGUGCUGCUUUGGCGGCUUUCUAUUCGGCAAAGCUGCAACCCAACAAUUUCUAAAAGGUGAUGGCGGCACCCUGCUGUUUACCGGUGCCAGUGCUUCACUGCGCGGACGCGCAAAAUUUGGCGCCUUCAAUUCAUCCAAAGGUGCGCUGCGCAAUCUGGCUCAGGCCAUGGCCAAAGAAUACGGGGCUGAGGGUGUUCAUGUCGGCCAUGUUGUGGUCGAUGGCCCUAUCGGCGGCGACAAAAUUAUCGAAGCUUUUCCGGAAUACGCGGAACGUCUGGGUGAAGAUGGUAUGAUAGAUAUCAACGGUAUCGUGGACGGUUUUAUGUACCUGUAUCAGCAGCCGCGACGGGCCUGGACCUUCGAGCUGGACGUGCGUACGUCAGUAGAGAAGUGGUGA